CCCUUCCCUUCCUCUCCAUGGAGUUUCAAUUCUCUUAUUUCCCGUUCCUAUCUGCCUUAUUCGUCUUCACGUUGAUGGUAAUGAAAACUAGUAAGAGAUUUAAAAGCAGCGAUUCGGUGGCAAAUCUACCUCCAGGUCCAAGGAAGUUACCUCUCAUUGGAAACUUGCACCAGGUAGGUAGCUCUGUGCCUCACCGUACCCUCAGAGACUUGGCCAAGAAACAUGGAUCCCUGAUGCACCUACAACUUGGUGAAGUUCCCACAGUAGUUGUAUCUUCAGCAGAAACUGCAAAAGAAGUGAUGAAAACACACGACGUUAUCUUUGCUACGAGGCCCCAUAUUCUUGUCUCAAAGAUCAUUUCCUAUGAUUCUACAGACAUUGCCUUUGCCCCAUAUGGCGAGUAUUGGAGACAAUUGAGGAAGAUUUGCAGGUUGGAGCUUCUGAGCACGAAGCGUGUCCUAUCAUUCCGAUCAGUUAGGGAAGAAGAGAUAUCAAAUGUCAUACGCUCAAUCAACUUGAACGCAGGAUCAGUGAUCAAUCUGACUCAGAAAAUUUUAUCAUCGGCUUACAGCAUCACUUCAAGGGCUGCUUUUGGUAAGAAAUUCAGUGACCAAGAACUAUUCAUAUCAACCAUCAAGGAAGUUCUAAGGCUAGCAGGAGGCUUCGACAUUUCUGAUCUUUAUCCUAGUGCUGAAUGGCUUCAUUUGAUUAGCGGAAUGAAGCACAAACUUGUGAAAGCGCAUAAAGAAGUGGAUAAGAUCCUAGGAAAUAUCAUCAAUGCACAUAAAGCUCUCAAGACAACGAAGACUGAGAAGGAUGGAGUGGAAGAAGAUCUGGUCGAUGCACUUUUGGAAUAUCACGAGCAAGGGACACAGGAAAUUUCCUUAACCAUUGACAAUAUCAAAGCAGUUAUCUUGGAUGUCUUCACUGCAGGAAGUGAGACAUCAGCCACAACUGUAGAUUGGGCAAUGUCGGAGAUGCUGGAAAACCCAAGAAUCAUGAAAAACGCACAAGAUGAGGUGAGACAGGUUUUUGGAGGAAAAGGAAAAGUUGAAGAAGACGGCAUUCAAGAAUUGAAGUACUUAAAGUCAGUUGUCAAAGAGGUUCUGAGAUUGCACCCUCCUGGCCCUCUGCUUCUUCCUAGACAAUGCGGAGAGAAAUGCCAGAUUAAUGGAUAUGAAAUACCAGUGAAAACUAAAGUCAUUGUCAAUGCAUGGGCAAUUAGCAGAGAUCCCAACUACUGGAAUGAUGCCGAGUCAUUUAUACCAGAGAGGUUUCUUGGUAGUUUGAUAGAUUACAGGGGCAACAAUUUUGAAUACAUCCCAUUUGGUGCAGGGAGACGGAUAUGCCCAGGGAUGACAUUUGGUCUGGCCAAUGUUAAGCUUCCACUUGCAAAUUAUCUGUAUCAUUUUGACUGGAAACUCCCCAGAGGAAUGAAGCCAGAGGAACUAGACAUGACAGAGGCCUCUGGCAUGACAGUUAGAAGAAAAGAAGAUUUGUAUGUAAUUCCUGUUCCAUAUAAACAUGUACCAAUCAGAGUUAUUUACGAGAAGGAGCAAAUGUUUCGUGCUUUCUUUUGGAGUGGUGUUGAGCUUAACCCGCACAAAGCUAAAGUGGCCUUGAAAGACAUAUGUUGCCCCAACGAGCAAAGGGGCCUGGGUAUCAAGUCUCUCUAUAUCUUGAAUCAGAGCAGUUCAUCAUUAAUUAAGCCACAAGACUUUCUACAAUCUUCUAGCCCUCCCCCACCCACCCACCCCCCAAUGGAGUUCCAAAUUUCUUACUUCACAUUCAUAUCUAGCUUAUUCAUCUUUAUAUUGAUGUUCAUAAAAGCAGGGAAGAGAUCCAGAACCAAUGAUCUGAAAGCAAAGCUACCCCCAGGGCCAUGGAAGCUACCUCUCAUAGGAAACUUGCACCAGUUGGCAGCGGGCUCUUUACCUCACCGUAUCCUCAGAGACUUGGCCAGGAAACAUGGCCCCAUAAUGAGCCUACAGCUUGGUGAAGUUGCAGCAGUUGUUGUUUCUUCAGCUGAAAUUGCAAAAGAAGUGAUGAAAACACACGACAUCAUCUUUGCUACAAGGCCUCCUAUUCUUGCUUCUAGAAUCGUUUCUUAUGAUUCUACCGACAUUGCCUUUGCCCCAUAUGGUGAGUACUGGAGAGAACUGAGGAAAAUUUGCACGCUGGAACUUCUGAGCACAAAACGUGUCCUGUCCUUCCGAUCAAUAAGAGAAGAGGAGGUAUCAACCCUCAUUACCUCAAUCAGUUCGAACACAGGAUCAAUAAUCAAUCUCACAGAGAGAAUUUUCUUAACAAUGAACGGCAUCACUUCCAGAGCUGCUUUUGGUAAGAAAUCUGAUGACCAAGAAGCAUUCAUAUCGGCCCUAGAUAAAGUAAUAAAGGCAGCAGGAGGCUUUGACAUCAGUGAUCUUUAUCCUACAGCAGAAUGGCUUCAUUGGAUUAGUGGAAUGAAACCCAAACUUGAGAAGGUGCAUAAAGAAGUGGACAGCAUCCUGGGAAAAAUCAUCAAUGAGCAUAAAGUUCUCAAGGCAACGAGGACAGGGAAGGAGGAUAGAGCAGACGAAGAUCUGGUAGAUGCCCUUUUGGGAUAUCAUGGGAGGGGGCCACAUGAAUUUUCCUUAACAACUGACAACAUCAAAGCAGUAAUAAUGGAUGUCUUCAGCGCAGGCACUGAGACAUCAUCCACGACUGUAGAUUGGGCAAUGGCAGAAAUGAUGAAGAACCCAAGAAUCAUGAAAAAGGCGCAAGCUGAGGUGAGACAGGUUUUUAAUGGCAAAGGGAAAGUUGAUGAAGAUGGCGUUCAAGAAUUGAAGUACUUAAAGCAAGUUAUCAAAGAGGUUCUCAGAUUUCACCCUGCUUUGGCUAUGCUACUUCCUAGACAAUGUAGAGAGAGAUGCGAAAUUAAUGGAUUUGAGAUACCAGUGAAAAGUAAAGUCAUUGUCAAUGCAUGGGCAAUUAGCAGAGAUCCCAACUACUGGAAUGAUCCUGAGUCAUUUAUACCAGAGCGGUUUCUUGAUAGUUCAACAGAUUACAAGGGGAACAAUUUUGAAUACAUCCCAUUUGGGGCAGGGAGGAGGAUAUGCCCAGGCAUCACAUUUGGCCUGGCCAAUGUUGAACUACCUCUUGCAAAUUUUCUGUAUCAUUUUGACUGGAAACUCCCCAGCGGAAUGAAGCCAGAGGAAUUAGACAUGUCAGAGAACUUUGGGGCGACAGUUCAGAGAAAACAAGACUUGUAUGUAAUUCCUGUUCCCUAUAAAAGUGUGCCAAUUGGAAAGUAGAUGCAGUUUGGGAGUUAUUUUCCUUUCGCUUUUGUCGUCUUUCAAAUUCAAUGUGACAAUGUAAUGGCUUGCCCAUCAGUCUUAUGUUUCUAUAAUAAAAUUUGGUUUUUCGAACA